AUGCCUCCUCGCUCAAGGUAUGCGGUAGAUCCCAGUCUGAUAGCGAACACCUUUCAGCCGGCCUAUAAUCAACCAUCGUCCCAUUCACAGCAUCAUCUCCCUCAACCUCCUCACCACCCUCACCUCCAUCCAGAUCUCGACCAUCGUACCCCUUCCGUCAAUGAAUAUGCUCCCUCGACUUCACGUCCCACUCACCACAUCCAGUCUAUACCAAAUCAGGCUUCUUCUCCCUCUCCCUCUUCCCAUCCUUCUUCACAUGCUCCCCCCCAUCACAUACCUCCUCCCCCCCACUCUUUCGGGCCUGCCAUCACUGGCCCCCGUAAACGCAUAGAUCCGGAGCAGGUGCCCAACCCUGUAGAGGCUCAAGAGCUUGAUCAGAAUCUGUACGAUGACGACGACUUCUUGAGCUGCGACCCUCGUGGACUGAUGCCUCUGUCUGGUACCGACUGGCGAGGAAUCGACCAGGGCAAUUCCCUACCCCGGCACUUACGGCCGACGCUCUUGAGCAUACCCACCAACAGCCAAUUACUCGAGACGACCGCCUUACCUCUUGGAUUGAUCGUGCAACCUUUUGCUCCGUUGAGAUACGACGAGGCGCCGGUGCCAUUGGUUUCCAAUUGGACAGUCGGACAGAGCGCAUUCGCAACUUCGCAGCAAGGCGAUAAUAUUGGUCCACCCAGAUGCGACAAGUGCCGAGCGUACAUCAACCCACAUGUUCGAUGGGUCGAAGGAGGGAGGAAGUGGACCUGCAAUCUUUGUUCGGCGAUCAACCCCCUGCCCGAUGCUUACUUCUGUCACUUAUCCCCCAGCGGGCAGCGAUUGGAUCACGAUGAACGUCCAGAGCUGUUGCACGGCACUGUUGACUUCGCUGUGCCGCAAGAGUAUUGGUCGGAGCAGGCAUUGGGAUCGUUGUUGGACACGGCUGUAGAUAAUUCGGCCGCCAACCUCGCGUCGGCCGGUGACGCUCUUGCUACCACCGCAGUGGACCUCCUGGGAGGAUUGCAGAAUAGCUUGGGGCAAUCUGCGCUCAGACAACCCAGCCCGGCUCAUGGACAUAAGAAAAAAGGGGCGGAUGAACGAUCAGUGAGGCGACCCAGACCGCUUGGGCGAGUCUUCGUGGUUGAUGUGACGGGGCCAAGUGCACAGAACGGCGUCGUCAGAGAAGUCUGUGACGGAAUCAGGCGAGCUUUGUACGGACAGAGACGGUCAGAAGACAGUAAUGGUGACGAAACGGAGGCGGAUGAAGGAGUCAUUGGAGAUGAGGAGCAGGUGGCCAUCGUGAGCUUUGCAGAGUCUGUGGGCUUUUGGAACCUUUCGCCGAGUCUUCCUGCCCCCUCAUUGAUGGUUGUGAGUGACUUGGACGACAUGUUUGUGCCUCUCAUCGAUGGUUUUCUGGUAUCUCCGCGACACUCGCGAACUCAAAUCGAGUCACUCUUAGAUCUUCUGCCUAGCAUCGCCGGGUCUCAGCCUGAAGGGAACCAGCCGGCCGCGGGAGCCGCUGUCAGAGGAGCUUUAGCAGGCUUACGCAUGCGGGGCGGCCAAAUCAACCUCUUUCUCGCCUCCCUUCCUACACUCGGCCCCGGCAAGCUCGACCGACGAGAAGACCCCACCGUUCAGAACACCGAUAAAGAGCGCACAUUGUUCACAUCUGCGGAUCCAUUCUGGCGAAACACGUCUGAAGAACUUGCCGAAGCGGGGGUGGGCUGUAACGUGUUCUUCUUCCCUCAGCAGUAUAUCGAUGUCGCGUCAGUUGGAACUCUGUGUUCAGUCACCGGUGGAGAAGCUUUCUUUCAUCCCAAAUUCUCCCCCGUGAGAGAUCGGGAGACGCUGCAAGACGAACUCAAACGAGUGUGUACCCGUGAAACCGUCUACAAUGCCACGGUACGGAUUCGGUGCAGUACCGGUCUGCGUGUCGCCGACCACAUCGGUAACUUUUAUCAGAGGUCUUUGACUGAUCUCGAGUUCGGAACGAUCGAUGACGCCAAAGCAUUUGCGGCUGUACUGAGGCACGAUGGUCAUAAGCUGGACGAGAGGAGCAUGGCAUACGUGCAGGUAGCAGUGCUGUACACGAGUGCAAAUGGUGAGAGGAGAGUGAGAUGUUUAAAUCUGAGCUUGGCCAUGACUGCUUUGAUCGGCAACGUCUUUCGCUUCGCCGACUUGGACGCCAGCGUGACACUUUUCAUGAAAGAUGCCGUUUCUCAAAUGCCAUCGAAAGGCUUGAGAGACAUCAGGAAGGCCUUGACCGAUCGAUGCAAUCGCGUGUUAUAUAUGUACCGCCGUCACUGCGCACCGGCGGUCGCGGCAGGGCAACUCAUACUGCCAGAAGGCUUCAAGCUUUUACCCCUGUAUACCCUUUGCAUGUUGAAGUCCAAACCUCUGAAGGGUGGCAAUGUGACUUCCGACGUUCGAGCGCAUUAUAUGCGGGUAUUCUCGUCCCUCUCGGUUAUCAACACAAUGAACCUUCUAUACCCACGGCUUUUAGCUAUUCAUGAUCUCUCACCUGACGCCGGAUUCCUUGGUCCGAACGGCCGUCUGAGGAUGCCUGCGUUCAUGCGAGCAAGUUACGCGUAUAUGGUAGCUGAAGGAGCUUAUCUGUUGAGUAACGGAGAGUCAGCCAUGAUCUGGUUCGGCGCUUCGGUAUCCCCACAAAUCAUUGAUGAUCUAUAUGCCGUCGAAGCUCUCGAAGAGUUGGAUCCACGGAUGACUCGAUUACCGAAACUGCCCACGCUGCUUUCGACGCAAGUACGCAAUAUUCUCACUCACCUGGAACGUUUGGCCGGGCAUAGUUUACAGGUGAUCAUAGUUAGGCAGAAUAUGGAUGGGAUGGAGAUUGAGUUUGCAAAUCAAUUAGUGGAGGACAGCAACAAUGACGCAUUAAGUUACACAGAUUAUCUCAUGACCGCACAUAAAAGCAUUACGAACGAACUGAGCGGCGGGACGAGCGAGGGUUGGAAGGCGCCUUGGUCUUCCUAG